CCAAACAGACUUAAAUAAAGCUCAUUUCUCCUCUCUUUUUCCUUUGAAACAUAAAUCUACUCAAUCCCACAACUAAAGUCAAUAUCUCAUUCAAAAAAAAAAAAAAUCAUAUUCUUCAUUCACAAAAAUUCCCUUUUGUAUUAUACAAUGGUUAAUCCAUUUAUUUGUGGAUCUUUUCAUCAUCAAGAUGAAGAUGAUAUGGAAAUGUUCAGCCCAUGUUCAACUCCAAAAAGAUCAAAAAAGAAUUUGUCAAGAACAAGGUCUAGCAGCAAAAAUAAUCCUUAUUCAGACAGAGGCCUUGACAAAUUCUCUGAACUUUUAGCUGUCCUUGAAGACAAGAAACAGAGGAUUUAUUCCCAAAUUGGCCCUGAUGAUAUCUCUUUUGUACGUUUUGUUUUUUCGAAUUCCAAUGAUGUCAAGCCCAUUGUUGUAAAGUUGAAGGACAAGAAGCCGUCAACAAAUGUUAUCGAGGACAAUAAGCAAACCCCUGAAAAAAUAAAAUCUCCCAAAAAGCAAUCGACUAGUGAAGCAGACAAAGAUCGUCAAGAAGGAAAAAUCGAGCCCAAGAGAGUUUCUUGGAACUUAAAGUGGGAAAAUUUGAAGAGGCCUAUGUUUUAUUUACCGGUGACUAUAAUUUUGAUAUUGGUAUUUUUGGCUAUUUAUGGAAGGUCAUUUGCAAUAAUGUGUACUUCAAUUGGAUGGUACUUAAUUCCUUCUAUUGGAAGCUCAAGAUCAAGCACAAGUACAAGAAAACCAAAGAGGAAGAAGGAAUAUACAAGAAGAUUUAGUGAGAAAAAUCUUGUUAGUGCAGGACCAACUUCUCCAAGAAGUGUUAUGCAUGGACCAAUUGAUAAAUUACCACCAACUGGUAAACAUGGCCAUAGGAAAAGCUGGUCAUGAUUUAAAAAAAAAAAAAAAAAAAGGUAUCUUGAUCGUGUGAAUUAUCUUCUUUAAAAUUAUGACUUUUCAAGUCUUCUUUUGUUUCAACAAAAAAAAGAAGUUUCUUUCUUUGAGUUUAUGCAUUGUAAAUUCUUUU